AAAUAACGCCAAAAAAUGUAUUAUAAGAUCGAGACUCGAGAGUUCAGUAUCCAAGUACAGUGUUCCAGGUUGCCUCAAGAGUUUCAGUACUACAAGCCAGAGGAAGAGAGCUUCGAGUCAUCACAUGACGCCUUUAGAUCUGCUUUACCACGCGGCUUUGCAUGGGAAGUACUCUAUGUGUACUCAAGACCGCCUGUUAUCGCCUUCAAGUUUAGACACUGGGGAUACUUUGAAGGAACUUUCAAAGGUCAUGCUCCUACUGGGGAAAUGGUUCAGUUCCUGGGUCUAGGAGUUCUAAAGGUUGAUGAAUCGCUUAGAGCAGAGGAGAUUGAGAUUUACUAUGAUCCAGGAGAACUGUUCGGGGGACUACUCAAGGGACCUCCUAUAUCAGAGACCAAAACCACAGACACUGGAGACAACACUGCAGAGAAA